AAUUCUAUGUAGACUUAUUUUUAUGCUUUUAUUUUCAGGCUCCUGCUUACCACCUCAUUUUGGAAGGAAUUCUCAUUCUAUGGAUAAUCAGACUUCUUUUUUCCAAGACCUAUAAGCUUCAAGAGCGCUCUGAUCUAACACCUAAGGAAAAAGAAGAGUUGAUUGAAGAAUGGCAGCCAGAGCCUCUUGUACCUCCUGUACCAAAAGAUCACCCAGCUCUCAACUACAACAUUGUUUCAGGUCCUCCCACCCAUAUAAUCACUGUUAAUGGAAAGGAAUGUGUAAACUUUGCAUCAUUUAACUUUCUUGGACUUUUGGAUAAUGAAAAGGUUAAGAGUGCAGCCCAGGCAUCUCUGAAGAAAUACGGUGUUGGCACUUGUGGACCUAGAGGAUUCUAUGGUACUUUUGAUGUGCACUUAGAAUUAGAAGAACGACUAGCAAAAUUCAUGAGGACAGAGGAAGCUAUUAUAUACUCCUAUGGAUUUGCAACAAUUGCCAGUGCUAUUCCUGCGUAUUCAAAAAGAGGGGACAUUGUGUUUGUAGAUGAAGCUGCCUGCUUUGCUAUUCAGAAGGGAUUACAAGCAUCUCGUAGUAACAUCAAGUUAUUUAAGCAUAAUGAUAUGGCUGACCUUGAACGACUCUUGAAAGAACAAGAGACUGAAGAUCAAAAGAAUCCUCGCAAGGCCCGUGUAACUCGAAGAUUUAUUGUAGUGGAGGGGUUGUAUAUAAACACAGGAGACGUUUGCCCUCUUCCAGAAUUGAUAAAGUUGAAGUAUAAAUACAAAGUUAGAAUAUUUUUGGAGGAGAGCCUUUCCUUUGGUGUCCUUGGAGAACAUGGAAGAGGAAUUACUGAACAUUUUGGAAUAAAUAUUGAUGAUAUAGAUCUUAUUAGUGCAAACAUGGAGAAUUCACUGGCUUCUAUUGGAGGAUUUUGCUGUGGAAGAUCUUUUAUUAUUGACCACCAGCGUUUGUCUGGUCAAGGGUACUGCUUUUCUGCAUCCUUGCCUCCUUUAUUAGCUGCUGCUGCUAUUGAAGCUCUGAAUAUUAUGGAAGAUAAUCCAG